CUAUGCAAAAUAAUAUUAUUCAACGAACAGGAAGUAAAAUAUGCCUUAAGUAGGUUCAGAAAACACAUAACCAAAUCGUUUGAAAACGUUUGUGAUUUCUACAAUGCUGGCAUGCAUAUAUACAGCAUGUUGUAUAACGGAAUAUAAAAAAGCACGUGGUAUGUUUCAGGAGUUGUAAUUGACUUUCAUACAGAUUUUGUCUUGUUACAUUUCCAAAUGACAAUGGAUAUAUCUCGUGUUGACUGUCCUAUGUAGUAUAUAACUGAUAAACAUUGAACAGAAGAUGCAAAACUUCAGCAAACAGUUGAUAAGUACGCCUAUUACGUCAAUGUCAGAUCAAGAAAAACUUUUGCAAGAAGCCCAUCGGCGAAAAAUAAUAGAACAUGUUCCUUUGAUAGUUGCUAUGUUUAUCUUAGCAGUAAUUGGAAUAAUCGGAAAUAUUUUAACAAUUUCAUUUUACGGCUAUAGGGUGAAAAGGACGCCCACUUUUGCAAUGAUAAAGUUAUUGGCAAUCAUUGAUCUUAUUGUCUGUUUUCUAAUCUUUACAACAAUUGCAGACCUUUGCAUCAACAUCACGUUUACAAGCACAAUUCUUUGCAAAUGGAUGUACUUUCUGGAUCAUUGGUUUAUGCUUACUUCCGUGCUGAUACUUUGGAUAAUAUCGAUUCACAGAUACAGAAGAAUCUGCAAGCCUGUUGGGAGACAAUUCACAGUGAAGUCUGCAACAGUUGCAGUGAUACUUUUAACUGUAUUCUCAAUGAUAUACUGUACACAUGUCUUCGUUACUUAUGAUCCAGUGAAAGUUAACAUCUCUACUUCAGACGUUGCUUUCCCCGCUGUGAUUGGUCAUUACUGCACGAAUACUGACGACCCAAGCCUCAAUGAUGUUCUUGUUACUUUUCAUGCCAUUGAUGUUGUGUCUGUAACAUUUUGCUUUAUCACAUUUGUAUUUACGUAUGGUAAUAUCUGGCGAACGGUAAGGAGGCACAACAGGAAAGCUAGAACAAUACAGACAGUCCCAUCCAGUCCUCCUCCCAGGCAACGUACGCUACCUUUCAAACACGUAACGAUACAAAUGAGCAGUGCCAGCACUAAAGAACAUUCUUCCACGGACCAGUUUACAUCCCAGCUGCAGUCUGACUACACCACAGAUAGUUUUUCAAAACCGGAUUCAGAUUCUGUUGAAACACCGGCUACAAUCGAAGGGGGGGGCUCUAUCUACAAGUGCUCGAAAGACCAAGGAAUCAUCCAAACCCCAAAUGACAGUUACACGUGAACGUAACAUUACGCUCAUGAUGUUUGCCGUUACCGUGGGACUAAUGGUAUGUUUCACUCCAUAUUUCAUUGGUUCUGUCGGAAUACGAGCAAUGUCUACCACAACAGAAGACGAACUUAACACUGGCAUGGAGCUGGCACUUAGGUUUCCAUUUUUUAACAGUGUCAUCAACCCCAUCAUUUUUUGCGUUUUUAAUUCUCAGUAUAGAAGGUUCGUAAAAGAGAAGUUUAUAAGAUGUAACAAUAAGUAAUUACACAAGAAAUUCAGUUUUAAAUGAAUUUAUACUACUGGUUGGGUUUCCAUACUGAAUAAUAUAUAUUUCGGAUGCCUGUGUUUCUGAUUUAAACAGCAAAAGCAUUCCUGAACAUGUUAUACUAAAUAACGUCGUUAGAAUACAACUUUGUACAUGAAGAAAGAACAUUUACAUCUUGCAGGUAUCGUUACAGCAGUCCUUUAUAAUCCUAUGAGUUAUUUUCUCAUGGUUAGAGGUAAAAUGCAUCAAUUACAUGAGAAUUUCAAGGUUUGAAACUAUGUUACUCCUUAGGCCCACUACUAAAAUUUAUGCAGUGAAACAAUACACUGAUAAAUCAUGGCAUUAUUUUGGUUUUAUUCACAUUGGGAAGGUUCAAUCAUGGCUUCGUUUAUUUACCUGAAUUGAAAGUAUGCAUGGCUUUAAACACGCGUAUUUUGCAUGAUUUUCACUGACAAAUAUAUACUGAUGUCUUAAACUACAAUGUGCACGCACAUAUUUCAAAUUCUAAAGAAUUCGAGAGCUGUUGGCUGACAUUCAGGUUUUGUACAUGACAAUACGUAGGCUGUUUAUUAGAACUUCCUUCAAAUUUUGUUCGGACUUUUUGUGUUGUGUAAUUACCUUCAGUAUUUUGGGGGUUUUAAUGUUACAAAAUAUUGCCUACUCUCAUCUUAACUGGCACUGGUAUUAAUUAAGUUGACCGGCUUUUGAAUAUGGAAAGUCCGUGUCAUGUUAUAGUGUUUUUACCACAUUUAUCUUUUAAUGACCUGUUUCAUUCACAUAUACUUGUGGUCAUCUUGUACUGGAUUUACCAUUUUAACAAAAUAUAUGUUUUAUCAUCCCGACCUAUGUUCAGUUCGUUUUAAAAGAUAUUGAAGAUAUUGGCUGGCAGUUGGCAGGUGAAUCUACGAUUUCCUUUCCAUGUUUCUUCUGAUAAGGUUAGCACUAAAUAAUCAUAUUGAAUACCUUGCUAGUUGAUAAUUUUACAGUAAUGACUUAUGUCCGAUGCAAGUGUUUCACACCGUAUUCCUCUGACAUCGGCUUCAGCGGAAUUUUAUUAUACAGAUAAAUGAAUUUCAUGAUCCAAACGGACGAGAAAAAUAUAAUUACUGAAUUCAAAUAAGGGGAGAGUUUCUGCUGAUGAACUCAAGUGUUAUUUUUUUCUUGUCCUUUGACAUCAUGGAACCCAUUCUAUAUGUCGGUAUUCCGCUUCUAAAGGCCUUACAAGGGUUCUUGGGUGUUACACAUAUCAUUAUCUCUCAUGAACGGAAUCGAUCCGGUCGGACCUGCUAUCGCUUUCUAUAUUUCCAAAGGAUUUUCAUAUAGAUUGAAUAUACAUUUGUAUUAAACUAUCAAAACAAUGAUCUUUAAGUGCCGUGUGGCGGUCUUUGAAAUGUCUAUCUGUACUAGGACUCUAGGGUCCUUUGAGAUUAUGGAGACUAUCAAAUAUAUCUGUGUAAUAGAAUUCGGCUUAAGAGAGUGCUAGUGGUGUGAGGUUGUUGCUCAUUUCAGUACGUAUCAUGUAACGAUUCAGUCAAACAUGUCUAAUAAUUCUAAAUCUAUUAAUUCACUUGGAUGCUUUCAAAGACCUUCUCACAGAUUUUAUAUCAGGAAAAGGGGGUGAAAGUUAUACUGAAACACAUAUUUUAUAUGAAAUAUGUAUGUAUAUGCAUGCUUCUGUAAUAUAGAUCUUGUGAGCUUAAGUUUAAUUUGAAAUUAAUAUUUUACAAUUUAAUAAAGUUCUGAUUGCAUUUAAGUAUUAUACAGUUGCAGCCUGUUUCUGCUAAAUGUUUACUAAAGUAUUGCGAAAUAAAACCUGUAACAUAUG